AGACAAACAACGCUUCAACUAAACAAGUAUAACUUUUGCGGAAUAGAUUUUUACUGAGAACAAACACGUUUGUCCGACAGUCAAAACAGUCCGACUGGAAACAAAACAUUAUUCAAUGGCAGCUACCGGCUGCAAGUAGCUUUUAACUGAAUAGUGACUAUUUCGAAAUAAAUAAAUAGAAGGGGUUUAUUUAAUUGCUCGUUAAUGGAUGGCGUACCUUGUCUUCGUGUGUCUCGUUGUGAGACACAGCAGUUCAGGAGGUAUCUGCAGUCCACAGGGAUGUCCGACCAGCGGUUUAGCUUGGUCAAACAACCAGACGGGACAGUCCUUCUCCCCAUUUCACCGUCCUGUCUCCCACAGCUGGAUCUGCUGGCUCUCAGAAAAGCCUGCGCUUCAGGUGUCUGUGACUUAACCUGGAGUCUGUCUCCACUGCAGUCAAAAAAGGAGAAGGGGAGGACAUGUGGAAAUAAACUGGAGAGAUCCCUUAAGGAGCUGCUGGAGUCUCAGGGUGAAAGAUGGCUGGAGGAGCUGAGGAGAGACCUUCCUCGGAGCUUCCACCGGCAUGGUGACCUCAUCCUGCUGGGCGACAACUGUUUUACCCUGCCAAUAUGGAAGAAAAUAGGGGAUCUAUUAUGGUGUGUGGUCGCCAACGAAUUGGGAGCAAAGCGGCUUGCAAAGAUGAGCCGAAUAUCCAAGGAUGGGUUUAGGUCUCCUCUGGUAACGAUGCUGUUAGGGGACAACAGCUGGGUCAAACACGUGGACAAUGGCAUCAGCUACGAGUUUGAUGUCACCAAGUGCAUGUUCUCAGCCGGGAACAUCACAGAGAAGCUGCGUGUGGCCGGAUUUGACUGCAGAGGAGAGACGGUGGUCGACUUAUAUGCAGGCAUUGGAUACUUCACCCUCCCAUAUCUGGUGCAUGCGAAGGCCAGCCAUGUUCACGCCUGUGAGUGGAACCCUGACGCCGUCGCUGCUUUACAGAAAAACCUCGAAGUAAACGGGGUGUCAGAGCGCUGCACCAUCCAUCAAGGAGACAACCGCCAAAUGCCGCUGUGUAACAUCGCCGACCGCGUGAACUUGGGUCUCAUCCCGAGCUCUGAGGACGCCUGGCCCGUGGCGUGUCGGCUGCUGAAGAGGACGACGGGCGGCGUUUUGCACAUUCACCAGAACGUCACCUCUCCGUUACAAAACACUGCUGCUAGCGACGGCGCUCCUCGGACGGUUUCCGCAAAGAACGCCGACAGAGAGGUGUGGCAGGCCUGGGCCGAGGAUGCUGCACACCGAAUAGCUUCUCUUCUGAAGGACCUGACUGGUGCGCCGUGGCUAAUGACGAUCCAGCACAUAGAGCACGUCAAGUCUUACGCGCCUCAUGUGCACCACGUUGUGCUGGACCUGGACUGCAGACCGUCCUGACCCAACACAGAAACAAGUUGCAGGA